AUGAAACGAAAUGCUCACACGGCAAAUUCUUCUUUAACUGAAACUAAUAAUAAUAAUAAUUCAUCUAAACGUUGUUGUACUGAAAAAGAUAAUAAAAAUUGUGUGGCAAGUAAUUCAUUAACUGCAUCUUCAUCAUCAUCAUUAAUUGAUAAUAUUUCAUGUUCAGUUGUUUCAUCAUCAACAUCAACUGAAAAUUUAUUAAAUAUGGAAGAAAAUGUAGAAACAUUAAUUAGUAUGGGUUUCACUGACAGAGAUUUAAAUCGUAAAGCUUUAGAAAAAGCUGACAAUGAUAUUGGUGAUGCUGUUACUUUCCUAACUGGCUCAACAUUUUUCAAUGAUGAUGUUAAUAUUCCCAAUGAAUCCCGAACCACAUCAACAUUUAUUGGUCCUCUGACAAAAGAACAGAUGGAACAACAACAACAACAGAUCGUUUCCUCGGGUAAGAUUUCCGACAUGUCCACCGAUGAUUUAUCAAUGAAUAAUCCGAAUUCAUUUACAAAAAAUGCUUUUCUUGAUCUUGAAACCAAAGUCUAUGGAGACAAUUGGUCAAUACCUUAUAAACGUGAAGAAGUUCUCGGUCGAUGUUUAUUAUCUGCUACUAAACUUGCACUUGCUGGUAUUGCUGAUCAAGAUGAACAUUGUAAAAAAUUUAUGGAAAUUUUAAUUCCUGAUGCCUUUCGAAAAUUACAAUGUUCUCAUCAUGUUAAUAAUUGGGGAGUUGAAGUUCAAUUAGGCGUCUUUGAUAUGGUACAAUUAGUGAUUGAUUUAAUUGCUGCACGUUUAUCAUAUUUCCCAGUCCCAAUACAAUUACUUGAAACAUUAGCCAUACUUUUCGAUCAUGAUUCUGUGUUUCAGCGAAAGCACAAGAGUAAAUCAUAUGAUCGUUCACUUUAUGAUAAACAAUUAGGUGAACUCAUAUUGGCAAAUUCAUCAUCGCCAACAUUUUCCGUUUAUAAUCGAAAUGAACCCUAUGGAUGGUUAUGUGAAAUAAUAAACCGUUUUAUUUUAAAAGAUGGAAUACAAAAUUUAAAAAUACAAUUUAAAAGUGAACAACCUUUAACAGCUCUCGAAUACAAUGCGUUGCUAUCGCCAUUUGUUAACUGUAUGGAUUAUAUAUUCGUUGAAAAAUAUCGACAAUUAUUUAGUGACCAUAUAGAACAAGCAUUAGAUUAUGUCAAAAACUUAAAAGAAGAAGAUUUUAAAGCAAAAUCAACAAAUACAAUAUUUGAAUUAUUAACAACUUUACGUAAAAUAUGUUCUGUUGUAUGGACAAAGCGUCUUGAACAAGUUGAAGAAUUACAUUUGAAUCUAUUACUUAAAAUGGUUGCUCUAUCAAAUUUUAAUGCGAAAAUGAAUUCACUAAAAGAACUUGCAAAAAUAAUUGAAAAUUGUACAUCAAAUAUACCGAGUAUAAGUAAAGCAUCGAUUCCGCGUGACGUUGUUAGUGAAUGGGUUAUUGAGCAUUCAAUACUUUCAAAAGCUUUAGAAGGAAAUAUUGAUCAAAAUCAAUAUGUAGAAAAGGUUCGAAUAUUAAUGGAUUUUAUUGCACCAAGAAUUUUAAAAGAAGAUAUUGAAACUAUAUGGAAAAUGCAGCAUGGACGAUCUUUAGUUGCGGUCGAUCAUUUAUUUACGUUAGUCGCGUCGGCAGCAGCAAAAUUUAAUUUAGAACAGUUGAAUCAUCUAAUUGGUUUUAUACACAGUUCAUGGAAAAGUGAAACAAUUCUUAUACAAGAAAAACUAAUUGAAUUACUCGGUGCUAUUGGUCGAGAGUGUCAGAAAGAUUCUGCUGCUCGUGUUUUAGAAGUUCUUUGGGAUAUGGCACAUGAAGAUAGAAUUAGUCGUUCAAUGCUUGAUCAUCUUUUACAUAGUCAUUUGCGUGUAUUUAGUGAAGGUCGUUCACCUUAUGAUGCACUUAAACGUGAAUAUUGCCUUAAAUGUAUGACUGAUUUACAACGUAAGCAAGGUUGGCUUGUACCAGCUAUAAAACAUUUAUAUGAUCUAUUACGUCAUGAUUCAACAAAUACAUUUAAACGUUCAGAGCCAGAUUUAAUAUCACUAUUAGUUAAUAAACAUGAUGUUAUAUCAGCAUUAAUACAAAGUUUAUCAACAUGUCAAUUAGAUGUUUGGAAUAAAACACAUGGGCAUGUAACGAUUGAUACAUUAGUUGAUGGGCGUUUUACACAUGAAGAAUCAAUUAAAACUCAUUUAGAUUUAUUAUCAUUUUUAUUAAAAAAAGGAAAUCUUUAUUUAAUAUUAAAACGUAGUGAAGAAUUAUGGGAUACAUUAAUCACAAAUGAAAAUGCAAGUUCAUUUGAUCGUGAACUUGGCUUAAAUUGGUUUAUAACAUGUGUAGAAGAUCUUAGUCGAGAUUCACAAUUAGCUUUAUUUGAAAAACGUGUUUCAAAACUUGAUCCAGUACAUUUAUCACUGAAAGGUUAUGCUUGUUUUAAAUUAUAUUUUGAACGUUGUAAUUUGGAACGAUGGAGCCAAUCAAGAACUUUUAAUCACAAUUCAAAUGCAUCGACUUCAUCAAAUAAUGAAAUGUUAGAUUAUCAAUGUAUUGAUGAAUUAUGGAGUAUAAUUUUAUGUGCUGGUGAUGAUAACCUCGCAAAUGAUGCUACGCGUUUUUUACUCGAUUUAUAUUGUACAAAACAACCAAAUCGUACAUGUCGUUCAACAUCUCAAUCACUGCAUCAAUGCUUUCUUAAAGAAGUCUAUACACGUUUAAGUUCUUUACUUAUAUCUGCUGAUUUACCUUUAACAUCAUCAACGUCAACAACUGAACAAUAUUAUAAAUCUUUAAAAUCGUACGGAGAACAAUUAAUAUCAAUUGAUAAUUCAAUAACUGUAAGUGAAUCAUCGAAUGAAAUUGAUCAUCAAUUAUGGUUACAAAAGAUAGAACGUUUAUUUAUGAUAACAGAAGAAUAUAUACAUGUUGUUGAACAUGAACAUUCACUAAAUGCUCAUAUAACAUCAUUUCAUGGUUUAGAAUAUCAAAUAAAAAUCAUUCUGGGCGAAUUAGGUAAAACAAAUUGUCCGUAUGAUAUUGUAGUUGUUCAUUCAAAUGAUACACUUGAUAUGUUACGUGCACGACUUGGACUUCAUUAUAAAGUUCCAUCACAUGAUAUACAUAUAUCAAUACAAAAUACACGUCCAUUACCUCAAUCUUAUGAUCAUCUAGGUCCUAUCAAUAAUGCUAUUGCAUUACCAGCAAAUAAUUCUUCAUCCUCCACAUCUUCAACAUCAACAAAUAAUAAUAAUAAUAAUAAUAAUGUUCUUGGUCUUUGGUUAAACUCAAAAUAUUUAUAUCAAGUUCAUAUAACACCUGGUACGACAGUUUAUAUAAAAAUCUUAGGAAACACAUAUAAUCAAACAAUAAAAAUAAAUAAUAAUGAACCAACACGUCUUUUCUUAUGUCAUAAAUCACAAAAUAUCGACAAUGACAAUUUAACACGUUCAACACCAUCAAAUAUGAUAGCAGAAAAUCCAAAAGUCUAUGAUAUUUUAUAUAAAUUAUCGUAUUUAAAUGAUAAAAAUAUUCAUAAUCGUAUACGAAAUCUUCUUCGUUUGAUGCCAUCAGAUAUUCGUAUUGUUGAUUUACUUGAUUUAGUAUCAAUACGUGCAGCUAGUGUAUCGACAAAUGAACGACGGCAAUCAACAGAAAAUAUGAACAGUCAACAAAUAAAUCCUAAACAAGCAAUUGAAUAUGUGUUUAAUUUUGAUGAAUGCAGUUUAAUUAAAAUUUUAUAUAAUUUAGAAAUUCUCUCAAGUAAACUAUCACCAUUAUCAAAUAAUAUUGGUAUUAAACAAAGUUCAAAAUUGUUUCGACAAGAUUUUAUUGAACAAGCAGGCGUUGAAUUUUUAUUUAAAUUAUUACAAUCAUUAAAUCAUUUUAUUCAGGAUGAUUAUCAAUAUUUAUUAUGUCAAGAAAUAACAAUAUUAACUUUACAAUUAAUACAAUUGCUAUUGUGUGGAAAUAAUCAACCGGAAGAAAGAUUAUCACCACCAUCACUAUCAUCAUCAAGACCAACAUCACCAAUGGCAGUUGCAGCAAAUGAUAAUAUUAUUGAUACAAUUGAUUUUGAUUUUCAGGCAAAAAUUGAACAUUUACAAUUCGAAGAAUUUGUUGAACAAAUAAAACAAUUAAUCUUUUUAUGUUGGGCAGCUGCUGCAGGAAACAUACGAUUACGUGGACAAGUUUUAUCUAUUAAAGAACAAGUUAAAUUAGAUCGUCAUGUACUAUUACAGCAAAUUAAUGGAAAUAUUUUUUGUCGAAACAAUAGUAAAAAUUCAUCAUCAAAUGAUUUAACAACUACUAAUAUACUAAAUACUGUACAAUAUGGAAUUUGUGUUAAAAAAGGUUCAAUUUUACCAUUAGAUAGUGAAAUAGCCGAGAGAAUUAUUGACAUUGUUAUGUUUUGUUUUGAAAAAAGACCGGAAUUUAUUGCUACUUUUCUUAUACAACCAUUUUUUGCUGAUUUUCUAUUGGAAAUUCUAAUUAGUACAAGUUCUCGUGAAGUUCGUCAGUGUGCAUUACGUAAUAUAAUACGUUUAUGCAAAAUUGAAACAAACGCAUGUGAUAUAAGUGCUAUUGUUCAUCAGAUAUUGUUAAAAGCUCGACUACCAUUAUGGCCAUCAAGUGCAACAAAUCGAAGUUCGAGUCAAAAAAUAUUAUUACAAUCAAUUGAAUAUUUUGAUUUACGUUGUCAAUUAACAGAAAACUUAACAAAACAAAUGCAAACAAUACUGAAUAUUGAUGCAAAAGAAAUUUUGACAAAUGAAUUCAAUUGGUUAUCAUCAUACACUGUAUCGAUAAUAUCAAGUGAAUUACGUGCAAUUGAUAAUAUUCUAUUUAUGGGUCAUUUAAGAUUUAUUCGUACAUUAUUGACAUGUGAAAAUAUAAAUAAAAUUGAAUUUGGUAUUGAUUUUAUACGCUUAAUAAUUGAUCAAUUCUUGUUUCCAGCAUCAAAACGUAUGUCACAACCAAUUGUACCAUCAAAUAACGAAAAUGAUUUGCUGGAUGAUUCUGCACCUGAACCUAAGUGUUCAACAAGUGAAAGCCGUUUAGCUGCUUACGAUGUUCUUGUUGAAUUAGUUCGAAAUUGUCGAACAAAUUUAAAACUUGUCGUUAACGAUCUUAUUCAUCUUCAUCAUAGACCUAUACUAGAAAAACAGACAGAAUGGGAGUUUAUGCCACAAGUUAAUCCUCGUGCAUCUUGCGGAUUUGUUGGUCUUCACAAUGGUGGUGCAACAUGUUAUAUGAAUUCUAUUCUUCAACAAUUAUAUAUGUUACCUCAAAUAUCAGAACAUAUUUUGAGUGUUCAUGAUGAUCUUGAAAAUACAAAUGGAAUAAAUAAAACAAGUGAUUCAAGUUUAUUUUAUCAACUUCAACAAGUAUUUGGUCAUUUAAUGGAAAGUAAAAUGCAGUAUUAUUCACCUGAAUCCUUAUGGAAAAUAUUUCGUUUAUGGGGGCAAGAAAUAAAUAUUCGUGAACAACAAGAUGCAUUUGAUUUUUUUACUGCAAUGACCGAUCAAAUUGAUGAAUAUUUAAAAAGUAUGAAGCAAGAAGAAAUAUUUCGUAAACAAUUUGAAGGAAUUUUUUGUAAUCAAAUGAUAUGUACGAAUGGUUGUCGUCAUCGUUAUGAAGGUGAAGAAAAAUUUAUGGCAUUAAAUGUAGCCGUUAAAGUUGAUUCACUUAAUGAAUCGUUAAAUCAAUUUGUUAAAGGUGAAGUUCUAGAUGGAAAUAAUGCUUAUUUUUGUGCAAAAUGUCAAGAAAAACGAACAACCAUUAAAAGAUUAUGUAUUAAAAAACUACCACCAAUAUUAUGUAUACAAAUGAAACGUUUUGGAUUCGAUUGGGAAAACAAUCGUGCGCUAAAAUUUGAUGAUUAUUUUAAAUUUCCUUUAAUACUCAACAUGGAACCUUAUACAUUAGAUGGUGUUAAUAAACGUGAAAGUUUUGUAGAACAUGAUGAUUUAACUAGCAAUUCAAAUAAUAUUUCUUUAAUUAACACAACAACGACAGGUGAUAAUAAAUGUUUAUCUCGUUCAUUAUCUUCUUUAAACAAUCCUUCAGUUAAUAUGCCAACAAUAAAUUACGAAUUAAUUGGCAUUGUAAUACAUUCUGGUCAAGCCAAUGCUGGUCAUUAUUAUUCAUUUAUAAAAGAUAUUCGUCGUCGCCAUUCAAACAAUACAAAUCAAUGGUACCGUUUCAAUGAUACAUCUGUUGAAGAAAUUCAAUUAACUGAACAAAUGCUCGAAGAAGAAUGUUUUGGUGGAACGUUUCGUGUACAAAAAGAUAAUAAUAAUUCGAAUGAAGAACGUACACGCUUUUGGAAUGCAUAUAUGCUUAUCUAUCAAUGUAUUGAGCCAUCCAAACUACUUCCACCACCAUCAGCAAUUCCAUCAUCACCAAAUAUCAAUCGUUCAUCACGUUAUGUACCUGGCACAGCUGUUCGUAUCAAUUGCGUAAAUCAACGUGAUUCAUUAUCACAAUUAGCUGAUUUAGUUGUUCGUAGUGAAAACAGUGACUUAUUUAAAAUUGAAAACCCAUUAAUACCAUCACGCGUAUUAGCUUGUGUUAAAGAUGAAAAUCUUGAAUUUUUAAAAAAUCGUGAUACUUAUUGUGAUGACUAUUUUCAAUUUAUUUACAAAUUAUCUAAAAUAUGUUUUGAUGAUAUAAAUAUUCCGUCUGAUAUGGAAAUAAUUGAAAAGGAAAAUGAAGAAACGUCAUAUGAAUUAUGUACAAAAUUAGCAUUAAACUUUCUAUUUAAUACACAUUCACGAACACAUCGUCGUUUGCGUAAAGAUAAUUUACAGCAAUGGGUACAAUUAUUAUCACGUUUAUUUACGAAAAAUUCAACAUCGUGUUUAUUAUUUUAUGAUUUAUUAUUCGAAAAACAUGAUCAUGGAUUAAAAUUAUAUUUACUUGAUUGUCCUAUUGAUGAUAUACGUUAUAUUUUUGAACAAAUAUGUGAACAAGUUUUACAAGCAACAUAUUUUCAUGUAUUGGAAAAAAAUCAACAAAUUCAUGAAACAAAUCUAAGCGAUAAUCAUGAAACAUUGAUUAUUAAUAUUGAUAAUAAUUUGUUAAUAUUAAUGAGGAAAUUUAUUGAACAAUUAAUUAAUCUUUUAGAUAAAGCUGUUGUGGAACAAGUUAAACAUUCUCAAGGAUAUUUUCAAUUGAUUUAUUCAUAUAUGAAAAUGAAUAAAAAUUCUAUUGAUGAUUUAUUCAAAUUAAAUACUUUUACACGUUUAAUGAAUUUCUUAUUAGGUGAAAAUAUUGAUGCACGACGAUGGAAUUCUGGACAAGCUAAAGAAUUCGGUAUCAUACAUGAAAUCAUUGCAACAUUAGUAUUAGCAGGCAAUUUAACAAAAGAAACAUCGAAUGAACAAGAUUUGCAAUUAAAAAAUCAAAUGGAAAUUUAUUUUUAUGGAAAAUGUGCGAAUAGAUAUUUGAAAGAAAUUUGCUAUGCUUUUCAAGAAAUUUCACCCUCACAAUUAAUAUGUACCGUACAAUUAAUGGAAAUAUUAUCACUUACGAAUCUAUUAUUUUCCGAACAACUGAUUAGAAUUAUUUUACAAACAAUUGCACAAGCACAUACGAACGAUUUAAAAUCAUUAUUUAAAUUUCUUAGUUUUAUCUUACUCGUCGAAGAUUCGUUACAAACUAAACGACUUCAAAUCACAUUUGAAGGUAUCAAUGAAUCUAUCAGUGGUGAUAAUAGUCAAAACUUAAUCGGACUUUAUUCACUUAUUCGAACCAGUAUGGAAACUGAACAACGACGAGCUUAUCAAACAGUUAAAUUUCUUAUUAAUCUAUCAAAUAGAAAUAGUUCAUGUAAAGAAUAUUUUGCAUCAACUGCUACUCAAUGGGAAUUUGCUAUAAGUUGGCUCAAACAACAAAUGCAAACAUCUUGGCAAUGGUCACCAGCACAAAAUGUAUCCAAUGAAGAUACGGAUACACGCUCAUUUCAACGUACACGUAGUGCACAAUAUACAUUAGAACAAGCUCAAUCUCUUCUACAACAAACAACAACAACAACAACAACAACAACAACAACAACAACAACAACAACAACAACAUCAUCAUCAUCAAAUAAUGAUACAUCAACAACGGAACUAAUGGAAUUAAAUGAUAAUCAUAGUCAAUCAUCAUCACAAUCAACACAUGUUGGUAUUGAUUAA